UGCGCCCCGGCCAUGGCGCUGUUCUGCAUCCAGAGGUACGGCGGGGAGGAGCAGCAGGAGGAGGAGGGAGCAGAAGCGGAGGAGCGGGCUCGGGUUCUGCUGGAGAGGCUGCGGCAGCAGGCCAAGGCCCGGCAGCUGAGGAAGCAGCAGGAGGAAGGAGAAGGGGGACUGUCCGGAGGGGCCGGCUCUGAGCACCAAGCUGGGAAAGGGAAAAGAAAAAGGGAGAGUGAGGAGCAGUCCUGUGAGCAAGGGCAGAAGAAGCCGAAGAAGAAACAACAGUCUCGCAGCCCUUCUGAAGAGAGCUCGGAUACUGAGCAGGCAGCAGAUGGCAGCAAUCCCUCGAAGAAGAAAAACAAAAGAAAAUCUCAGGUGCGGCAAGAGAGGACUGAAGAAGAUUCUGAAGAAGACAUCAAAGAAAACAGAAACAACCUGAAUAAGUCUUCAAAAAGGAAGAAGAGGGAUGUGGAAACUGAGGGAGCUGAAACAGAGCCCAAGGAGAACACUGAAAGAGGAGAUGAAAGCACAAAGGAGGAGCUGACCUUGGCAGCCUCAGAGGAAGAGGCCAAACCUCCACCCUCCAGUUUUGUGGUUCUUGGAGACUAUGACAUAAAGCCAGUGCAGAAGGUUCAGCCCUUCUUACCACAGUGGCUUGCUCAACCCAAACUGCUGCAAAAACGUAUCAAAGACAAUCUCAUUCCCAUUGGAGAUGUCCCAGGAAUUCAUCCCCGACUGCUGAAAAAGCUGCAAAUGAAUGGGAUUGAGUCCUUUUUCCCAGUUCAGGCAGAGGUGAUUCCUGCUAUCCUGCAGAGUGCAUCCCAUGGGUAUCUGGUGGGGCAGGGAGGUCAGCGCCCCAGGGACAUCUGUGUCUCAGCACCCACAGGCAGUGGUAAAACCCUCUCCUUUGUCAUCCCAAUAGUACAGGUUCUGCUAGAUCGAGUGGUUUGUCAAGUACGAGCUCUGGUUGUUCUGCCCACCAAAGAACUGGCACAACAGGUGAGUAAAGUGUUCAACAUUUACACUGAUGGGACAGGUCUGAAGGUUGUUUUGAUUACUGGCCAGAAACCUUUUGCAAAGGAACAGGAGAUGCUCGUCCAGAAAAGAGUGACAGGCUACAGCAGCCUGGCUGAUAUUGUUGUGGCUACACCAGGGCGGCUCACAGACCACAUCAGCCAGACCCCAGGGUUCAGCCUGGCACAGCUUCGCUUCCUGAUUGUAGAUGAAGCUGACCGUAUGAUUGAUGACAUGCACCAGAACUGUCUGAACCAGAUUAUCAAAGCUGCAUUCCAAACAGAAAAUGAGUCUGGCUCCAAAAUGCUUUUUCAAAGGACGAGACCAGGACCUCUAACAGCAGCCAGCUCCUGCUACCCUCAGAUACCCUUACAGAAACUGCUGUUUUCAGCCACACUGACCCAGGACCCAGAGAAACUGCAGCAGCUGGACUUAUUCCAGCCUCGCCUCUUCACGUCUGUCUAUUCUGAGAAAAAAACUCUUGGAGAUGGAACAGAGACUGAACAAGAUACUAAUAAAUACACACUCCCUGAGGGGCUCUCGCAAUGCUACGUGCCUUGUGACCUCAAUUCCAAGCCUCUGCUGCUCUUGCAUUUCAUGCUGACAAAGAAAUUUACCCGUGUCUUGUGCUUUACCAACUCCAGGGAAGCUUCUCACAGAUUGUUCCUGCUGGUUAAAGCUUUUGGUGGAGUCACUGUUGCUGAAUUUUCUUCUCGGUUACCUCCAAGUGAGAGACAGAGAACCAUGAAGGAAUUUGAAAAAGGAAAAAUACAACUGUUAAUCAGCACAGAUGCCACUGCACGAGGGAUUGAUAUUAGAGGAGUGAAUUAUGUCAUAAACUAUGAUGCACCCCAGUUCAUCAGGACAUACAUCCACAGAGUUGGAAGAACAGCUCGUGCAGGAAAAGCAGGUGUUGCUUUCAGCUUGGUCCUGAGAAUCCAGGAGCGUAGGUUUCUGCGGAUGCUGAAGGAUGCUGGCAUCCAGGACAUAAAGAAGCAGCCAGUGAAGGGCAACUCAUUAAAGCCUUUGGUGCAGCAAUAUGAGGAAGCUCUCUGCAAGCUUGAGAAGACAGUCAAGAAUGAGCGAGCACAGAAACGAGCCUGAGUGAAUGGCAGCCAACAAGGUCGUGUUGCAUUGCACCAAAGCUGCUGAACAGGGUAGGUCAUGGACUGUUACUCAGCAUAAGACAUGGUCCCUGAAUGGAGCUGAAUGGUUGGCUACUUGACCUUAUCAGAUCUGAAGUCAGCUAUUGCAGGCCUCAUUCUCCUUUCAAGGACACUGUGAACAGAGCUCAGCUACUGGUUGAAAAAAAAAUAUUUUAAGAUACAGUUAUCUUGAAGAGGACUUUGCAUCAUAUCCUACUGGCGUCUGUAGAACUACCACCAGUGAAGAGAAAAGCCAUCACACAGCUUUUGAGCAGGGAUCUGAUGGAGCUGCUGGUCUCCCAAGGUGAGGGCUGGGCCCUUCUUGCCUCUGAACUGGACCAAUGGUUCUGCUGUACAGCACAAGCAGCUGUAUCUGCAAAUGCAUCCACACCGUUACAGUGCCUAUAGCAGAAGCUGCCCUAGGCUGAAGUGACUGCAACUUGUAAAUAACUACUAUAUAUAAAUAUAUUUUCUUGUAAUGGUGUCUAAUAAAGA